AUGUAUGGCCUGCCACCGGGAUACACCCCUCCCAUCGGAGAUUACUCGGAAGCGGAGCAUGCAUCGUUCUCUUUUCCCACAACCGUCAAUGUACCCCCGAUCGGUACUCAGGGUCCCGUCUCGGUGUCGGCACCCAUGGCGGGUAUGGUAAUGAACGAAACGACCGCAACUGAUGGAGUACGAGUAACCCCAGUGCCACAUGGGGCCGCUAAGGAUGACUUUUCAACCGGGGCCGCACCGCACACCACUGUUGUUGGGGGAAUUGAUAGCCUCAUUGGAACAAAAAAUAAGUUGGAAAUUCUGGAGGAGAGGUUGAGGGCCAUAGAAGGGAUCGAAAGUUAUGGAUUCGGCGACGUCGCAAGAUUGAGUUUGGUUCCCGGCGUAAAAAUACCACACAAGUUUAAGACGCCAGAGUUUGAGAAGUACAAGGGUAAUACAUGCCCUAAAAGCCAUUUGACCAUGUAUUGCAGAAAGAUGGCCGCGUAUGCCUAUGAUGACAAAUUACUCAUCCACUUUUUCCAAGAUAGUUUGGCUGGGGUCGCUUUGAACUGGUACACCCACUUAGAGUCAUCUCGCAUACGCUGUUGGGUGGACCUGGCCGAUGCCUUCGUAAAGCAGUAUAAGUACAAUAUGCAUGUCGCCCCUGACAGGUUGCAACUACAAAACAUGGCGAAGAAAGACAAUGAAACUUUCAAGGAGUAUGCACAAAGAUGGAGAGAGUUGGCUGCGCAGGUUGAGCCACCUUUGUACGAUAAGGAGAUGGUGGCUAUGUUUGUNAACACACUCCAGCCGCCAUUUUAUGAACACAUGGUCGGGAAUGUGUCCUCCAAUUUCGCCGAUAUCGUCAUAAUAGGCGAAAGAAUAGAAAUUGGGUUGAAGAAUGGGAAGAUUGGAGGCGGCCCGUCUGCGAUAACAAACUCUAAAAAACCCAAUUUCAAUCCAGGAAAGAAGAAGGAAGGAGAGGUGCACGCAGCAUCGGCAAUGCCUGUAUGGAGAGGUCAAGCUCCUAUUCACAAUUAUAGACCAUACUUUGGCCCACCUCCAUAUGCAGCCAAUGCGGCAUUUGCUCAUCCAAUUAGGCCGCAACAACCACAACAGGGAUUUUAUCAGCAGCAACCUAUCACAAACAACGCCUGGAGGGCUGGGACAAACGCGAAUCCGAAUCCGAAUGCGGGUCAAGGCACUUACCCGAGAAAAACCCAAGAAAGGAACUUUGUUCACUUCACCCCCAUCCCUACAACUUACACUGAAUUGUUACCUCACCUUGUCAAAAAGGGUCUGGUUGCUAUAUGUCCAAUGAUGCCUAUGCAGCCUCCGUACCCUAGAGGUUACGAUGCCGAUGCCAAGUGUAGUUAUCAUGGGGGAGGUGUGGGCCACUCAACUGAGAGAUGUAUGGCCUUCAAACAUAAAGUACAUGCCUUAAUCGACGCCGGGUGGUUGAAGUUUCAAGAAGAUAAACCUAACGUCGAUGCUAAUCCAUUAUCCGGGCAUGGAGGCGCCUCGACAAAUGCCAUUGAGGUUAAGAAAGGUGAGUUGAUAAGGAAUGUAGGUGAAAUCCAAAGUUCCAGAAGGUUUAUUUUCAAGAAGUUAUUGAAGUUGGGCUUUUUAAGCGGUGAUUACGAUUUGGGAAAAGCAUGUGGACUUCACCCAUGCGCUAGACACUCUAUCGAUGAAUGUGUCGAGUUCGAGAAGAUUCUGCAAGAUCUACUCAACAGAAACUUCAUGCAAGUAUAUUAUGAGGAUAAGAAGGAGGAGGUGUUUGCACAAACCGGUGGGGAGCCUGAUGUAGCUCUACCAGAGCCGUUGGUGAUCCGUUUCACUCGAACCACCCCGACACCGGCAAUUCAAGGAGGGACGUCUGUCGUCAUCCACGCACCAUCUUCCUUUCGUUAUAAGAGCGAGAAGGUUGUCCCUUGGAGAUAUGGAACACAUGCAAUCGAUGAAGGGCAACGUACAGAAAGUCAAUCCUUCCGUCGGGAUCCAGCUAUUGAAAAUAUAUCAAGCAUCGGUGGAAUGACAAGGAGUGGUCGAAUCUUUACGCCACCGAACUUGAUGAAGGAAGGAAUUGGCAAUAAUGAAGCACCGGUGGCUACAAAAACCAAGGAAUUUUUAAAAGGGAAGGGGUUGCAGGCAGUGGACACCCCUGACAUGGAAAACAAGAAAGAAAUAUCUGAGGAAGAGGCUUGUGAGUUCUUGAAAUUCAUACAGCAAAGUGAGUACAAGGUGGUGGAACAAUUGAAUAGCACGCCUGCCCGGGUCUCCCUGUUAGAAUUACUUAUGCAUUCAACCUCACAUAGAAAGCUGCUGAUGAAGAUACUUAGUGAGGCCCAUGUGGAGCAAG